AUGACCAUUAUCUCCGCCCUUACCAAGUUGAACCCAACCACCUCCAUCUCCAAGUCCAAGUCAGUUGUUGGAAGCUCAUCAUUCUCUGCUGGUGGCCAAUCAUCCAACUCCAAUGCCUGUUUCUGGGGACAUGGUAUUAACAUCAAUGUCGACGUUGAUGUUGAUAUCAACCUUGGUUGUCGUAGUUUCAUUGACAUUGAUGCCAACAUUGGUAUCCGUCUUUAA